CCCGCAUUUCUUCAGCAUGUAAAGUAAAGCCCUCUCUCUCUGGUAGUGGUAAGCGAUGUUGCUCCGUCGUGCAACGGCACUGCCAAAAUCCCUAGAAAGCCUCCGGUUAUACUCUCCGGCGGAGACCGCGGCGGUUAUCGAGCAGAACGAAGUAUCGGAAUUAAGCUAUCUCCCCGGGUUUCCGCGACCGGACCCGAAGUUCGCCGAGACGAUCUUGGCCGUACCUCGGUCUGCCUCCGGCAAGAGCAUCGCCGCCAAGGAGCGGAAAGCGGGUCGGGUCCCUUCCAUAAUUUUCGAGCAGGAGGACGGGCAGAAUGGCGGGAACAAGAGGCUUGUGUCCGUUCAGACCAAUCAGAUCAGGAAACUGGUUACUCAUCUGGGUCGGUCCUUCUUCCUGUCCAGGCUCUUUGAUUUCGAGGUCCGACCAGAAUUUGGCUCCGAUGACGUCAUCGAGAAAGUCCAGGCUUUGCCUAGACUGCUUCAUUUGAGUGCGCGAACAGAUGCUCCAUUGAACCUGACGUUCAUUAGAGCACAGCCUGGUGCUUUGUUGAAGGUCGACAUCCCUCUCGUGUUCAGAGGAGAAGAUGUAUCUCCUGGAUUAAGGAAAGGAGCGUAUCUGAAUACGAUCAAAAGAACGGUCAAGUUCCUCUGCCCGGCGGAGAUUAUCCCUCCAUAUAUAGAUGUAGAUCUGAGUGAAUUGGACGUGGGGCAAAAGAUAGUGAUGGGAGACCUCAAGGUUCACCCCGAGCUAAAGCUUAUACGGCCAAAAGACGAACCUGUUGUUAAGAUCGCCGGAGCUAGGGUUUUAGACCAGCAAAAGAAAUCCAAAUAAAACCACCUGCGAUGAUGUUUCUGGCUUGUUUCUCGAAACAUUGAUGAAAGAUUUAUAAAGUUUUUAGGGGGGGGGUUUCAAGAUGCCCAUUUUUCAUUUGUACCAAUCCCACAUGGAAAGCCCCUUUUCAUUGCUGAGUUAGUAAUGUAGUCAGCAUUUUUUUUUAUUUCUCGGAGUUAAUAAAAGAUGAUGAGGGUAAAUUUUUUCUAUUUACCAAGUGUAUAUGACACGGUUUGAGCCGUUAUCUCCAAGAAAUCUUCUCUGUUCUAUUCA